CCCAGCUCUUCCUCUUCGAGGAAGUCGGAUGUUGUCCUGUGUGCUGUGCCUUGCACUCCGUGGUGGGGAGACAGUGGGUCAGCUCAGCAGCUGCAACAUGCCCGGAGUUUAUUUCCUGCUGUCUACUCCUCCUGGGUGAGAUUCCUUCUUUUUGUUCUAGAACUUUCAGGUGUGCUGUUAAGUUGCUAGUGUGAUAGAUCCAUAUCUAUUGCCCCGCACAAAGCUCAAGUUCAAGUGGAUCAAAUGCCUCAAUAUAAAUCCAGUUACACUGAACCUAAUAGAAGAUAAAGUAGGAAGUAGCCUUGAACACAAUGGCACAGGAGACAACUUCCUGAAUAGAACACCAGUAGCACAGACACUGAGAUCAACAAUUAAUAACUGGGACCUCAUGAAACUGAACUGAUUCUGUAAGGCAAAGGAUACUUCAAUAAGACAAAAUGGCAGCCUACAGAAUAGGAAAAGAUCUUCACCAACCCCACAUCUGACAGAGGGCUGAUUUCCAAAAUAUAUAAAGAACUCAAGAAACUAGACAUCAAAAUACCAAAUAAUCCAAUUAAAAAACUGGGUACUGAUCUAAACAGAAGGAUCUCAAAUGGCCAAGAUACACUUAAAGAACUGUUCAGCAUCCUUAGCCAUCAGGGAAAUACAAAUCAAAACGACUCUGAGAUACCAUCUUACACUUUUCAGAUGGCUAAGAAUAAAACCAAUAAUGAAAACUUAUGUUGGAGAGGAUGUGGAGUAAGUGGAACACUCCUCCACUGCUAAUGGGAGUGCAAAGUUACAGCCACUUUGGAAAUCAAUAAGUUGGUUUCUCAGAAAAUUGGGAAUCAAUCUACCUCAAGACCCAGCUAUACCAAUCUUGGGCAUAUACCCAAAGGAUGUUCAAUUAUACCACAAGGACACUUGUUCAGCUAUGUUCAUAGCAGCAUUAUUUGUAAUAUCCAGAACCUGGAAACAACCUAGAUGCCCCUCAACUGAAGAAUGGAUAAAGAAAAUGUGGUACAUUUAUACAAUGGAGUAUUACUCAGCUGUAAAAAACAAUGAUAUCAUGAAAUUUGAAGGCAAAUGGAUGGAACUAGGAAAAAAAUCAUCCUGAAUGAGGUAACCCAGACCCAAAAAGACAAACAUGAAUGCAGUGGCCUAUGAAGAUGUGCAUGUUGACUUCACUCAGGAAGAGUGGGCUUUGCUGGAUCCUUCCCAGAAGAGUCUCUACAGAGAUGUGAUGCGGGAUACCUACAGGAACCUUACUGCUAUAGGCUACACAUGGGAAGAUCAUAAUAUUGAAGACCAUUGUCAAAGUUCUAGAAGACAUGAAAGGCAUGAAAGAAGUCAUACUGGAGAGGACCCUUCUGAAUAUACUCAAAAUGUUAAAGCCUAUGCAUAUCAUAAUUAUCUUCAAAGGCAUGAAAAAAUCUAUACUGGAGAGAAACCCUAUGAAUGUAAUCAAUGUGGUAAAGCCUAUGCAUGUAACAGUAGUCUUCUAAGGCAUAAAAGAGCACAUACUGGAGAGAAACCCUAUGAAUGUAAUCAGUGUGGUAAAGCUUUUGCACGUGACAGUAGUCUCCAAACACAUAAAAGAACACAUACUGGAGAGAAACCCUAUGAAUGUAAUCAAUGUGGUAAAGCCUUUGCACAACACAGUCAUCUUCUAAUGCAUAGAAGAAUACAUACUGGAGAGAAACCCUAUGAAUGUAAUCAGUGUGGUAAAGCCUUUGUAUGUCACAGUUCUCUCCAAAUACAUAAGAGAACACAUACAGGAGAGAAACCCUAUGAAUGUAAUCAAUGUGGUAAAGCUUUUGCAUAUCACAAUUAUCUCCAAACACAUAAAAGAAUACAUACUGGAGAGAAACCCUAUAAAUGUAAUCAAUGUGGUAAAGCCUUUGCACGUGACAGUAGUCUCCAAACACAUAAAAGAACACAUACUGGAGAGAAACCCUAUGAAUGUAAUCAGUGUGGUAAAGCCUUUGCACAACAUAGUCAUCUUCUAAUGCAUAGAAGAGUACAUUCUGGAGAGAAACCCUAUGAAUGUAAUCAAUGUGGUAAAGCUUUUUUAUGUCACAGUCAUCUCCAAAUACAUAAAAGAACACAUACAGGAGAGAAACCCUAUGAAUGUAAUCAGUGUGGUAAAGCCUUUGCAUGUCACAGUUAUCUCCAAACACAUAAAAGAAUACAUACUGGAGAGAAACCCUAUGAAUGUAAUCAUUGUGGUAAAGCCUUUACAUGUCAUAGUCAUCUUGUAAUGCAUAGAAGAACGCAUACUGGAGAGAAACCCUAUAAAUGUAAUCAAUGUGGAAAAGCUUUUUCACAACAGAGUAAUCUCCAAAUUCAUAAAAGAAUCCAUACUUCAGAGAAAUACUAUGAAUGCAAUCAGUGUGCUAAAAGCUUUACAAUUCACUCUAACCUCCAAAUACAUAAAAGAACACAUACUGGAGAGAAACUCUCUGAAUGUAAUCAAUGUGGGAAAGCCUUUGCAUUUAACAGUAGACUCCAAAUACAUAAAAGAACACAUACUGGAGGGAAAUCCUAUGAAAGUAAUCAAUGUGGUAAAGCCUUUGUAUGUCACUGUAGUCUUCAAAAUCAUGAGAAAACAUCAUACUGCAGAGAAACCCUAUAAAUGUAGUCAGUGUGGUAAGGUUUUGCACUUCAUGGUAGUCUUUAUAAAAGAGUA